CGAGAUAAGGCCGGCCUGGUGGAUGGGGGAGAAAAGGGCAGGUUUUCCGCUGAUGUGUGCAUCAGUGGACGGAGAUGAAGGGUAUAUAUUGAGGGAGGUGAUGGUCAGAGUGGAGGGACGAGGUUCUUAGUAACACAUCGCACAGCAUCUCGACACAAAAAGGUCUCAGCACAAACCAUCAUGGAAGCCGCCAUCUGCACCCUCGUCACCCAAUUCAAGAACUACGCUGGGAAAGACGGAUCCUCCAGCACCCUGAGCAAAGACGAGUUCCAAAACCUGGUGACCUCUCAGCUGCCCAACUAUGUCAAGAACGCCAGCGACCCCGGGGCCAUCGAGCAGCUCAUGGGUUCCCUGGAUGAAAACAACGACGGGGAGCUGACUUUCUCCGAGUUCUGGCAGCUGAUUGGGAAACUGGCGAGCAAGCAGGGAGGCUUCAGUCAGUAGAGCUCGCCGCCGCCGUCUCCUCAUGUCAACUGUGGCUUUCUUUGAGCAGAUUGUGCAGCGCCGAUCAACUCGACCGGAGCUGUCACACUGUAAAAAUCAAAGGCAUCUGAAUUCUUUCAUCACUCCACCAGUCGGUGCCACAUGUGUAACUCUUUAGUUAACCAUUUGUUGAAUGUGGGGGAACAUUUGAAUUAAAGGCUUCAUUGUCUUGAACCCUCAUCCACCCAA